UGGUCGAGCUAUGUGGUUGAUUGGCUGAACACUCAGAGGACACAUACAAAACUCAUUGCUAAUUAUGUGAAAAUUAAUAAUUAAUUGGCCAACAAUUGUCGUGUUAAUUGCGUUCAGAGUAAACAGCGUAAAAUCAACGCCAAAUGAUUUUAAUUUAUAAACGUGGACAAAGCGCUCUAACUAGUCAACUACUAUUUGCAUUUAAAUUGUGUGUUUAAUAUCGAAUCGAUAUCAACUCAAUUUCGGUUUUCAGUUUCAACGUAAAACCGUGAACGACGGUAUGUUCACUCUCAAAUACACGAACCGAUUCGAAUCCACAUAUCAAACUAAUUGGAAUCAAAUUUAAAUAGAUUCCAAUUAAAAGCAUGAUUUGCAAAUCUAAGCCCAUAAUCACACCAUAUAUGCAUAUGUGUAAGGGGUGAGCUAUUUUGUGAGUGAGUGUUUAACCCGACAGAGACAAACAACUGCCAUUGGAAAGAGACGGCGAGAGUGCGGUAGAAAGAGACAGGGAAAGGGCUAGGAGCUGCGACUCGGCAUCCCAUCAAUUAAUUGGUGGCCCAAACGAGAAAGAAGGGAAAACCCUGGCCGGCAGCCAACAAACACCAAACAGCAAACAGCCAAGGCAGCCAUCAUCCGGCCGAAGAUGGACCAGCGUAAUCUAACACUGCCAACGCCAGCCGCAACAACAAUUAUGUCCUCGUCAUCCGCAGCAGGAGCAGCUAUAGCCGCCGUAGCAGCCAUGGUCGGAUCCGGAGAGCCAACAACAUCUGCGAUGGCAUCGGCAACAACAAUAGCAUUAGCAGCAACAGCAACCACAGUGCCGCCAACAAUACCCCCAACAACAACACCAGCCACAUUUUUUACCUACAGCAUACCAGGCAUGGACAUAGCGCCAGGACCAUUUAUAUUCACCUACGUUAGUGAAUUUUUAUCGCUUAUCACGCCCGAGGAAUUGCCGCUGGAAUCCAUUCGCGAUGUCUUACACAAAAACGUUAGUCUGGUGGACUUUGCCUCCAACGCCAUUAAGAUCGAGUCUGGUUUUAUUGCCCUGAUGAGCGUGUUCGCCAUCCUGGCGCUGGUUCCGCUGAUUGCCACCUGUGCCUGGUGCUGCGGCCGCCGUUCCACCCAAGAGGAGGUGGACCACAUACGGAGUGCCCCCUGCAACAUCCGGGACGAGGCGCUGGAGGAAAGCUUACGUUGUCGCAAAAGUGCCGGAUUGGUCACUCUGUGGAUUGUCUUUGUCCUGCUAACGCUGAGCGACUUCAGCAUAUUUUACGCCAACAGUCGCCUGUCCGCCGGAAUCGAGAUGACGCCCGAGAUGGUCAAGUCAGCCGUGCACGACGUGGAGGUCUUUCUUAAGGACACGCAUCUACAAAUCAAACACAAACUGGAUAAUGGCUUUCACGUUUCCGUGGAGCGGGUCGUCAAAGACUUGGAAGACGUGGAUGUUCUCCUUGGCGAACCGAUUCAAGCGGAAAUAUCUGCACACACUGGCCUUGAGCUGGCGUAUGAUUCACUGACGACACUUAGCCUGGCGAACGCGGAACUCAUCUAUCGGGUGCUCAUGCUGCAGGAGACGGUCGGCCGGGCACUGAAGCUGUCCCAGGAGGCGGCGGCCCGGAUGGAGGAGCUGCAGAUCCAGUUGUCCGUGCUGCAGCGGCAGUGCACGUACCGCGACCGCCCCCUCUGCGACACGUUGCGUAUACGCAGUUUCGAGGAGAAUGGCGUGGUGGAUGCCCUGAAAACUCUGCAAGAGGACCAAAGCAUCUUCCGUAUGCGCUACUUGGGCGAAAUUGAAUUUGGUGCCACUGUCAAAAAUCUGACAUCGGAAGUUGGCGUGUCACGUUCCAUUUUCAGCAAUUUCCCGCAACAAGUUAAACAUGACACGGCAUAUGAGCGGAACUACACGCUGGAGCAACUGGCCACCAUUCGGCACCGGACCACGGCCAAUGCACAACAACUGACCUCCACGAUUAAUGUUCUGCUGAAGCGGCUGGAGGGCACCUGGCCCUCCAUGCAGCCCGCCUACAACGAGCUGAAGGAGUGGGCCGACGCCUACUGGAGUGUGGGCUGGAUCGCCGGCAUGGUCAUUGUCUGGGUGAUGCUCUUCAUGCUGAUGUCUUACUGCUGUUUUCUUUGCGAAUCGAACGCCAAGUCCGGAGUAGUGUUCUUCAUAGCCGUUAUGAUCAUAUGCUUAGCCAGUAUCUGCCUCACGGUGUACGGAGUCUUUUCCCUGGCCAUUGGCGGCAAUGCCGAGGUCUUUGUCUGCCGAUCUCUGUACGACCAGGACUACGACAUGCUGGGUAAGCUACUGGACAAGCCAGGAUAUGCCUAUGCGCGGGAGCCCCAAACGGGUAUCAUUGGUGAGCUGCUGCGUCCGGAGGGCGUCAACCGGUCGGUGGUAAAUGUGGGUCUCGGCCAGGCUCUCAGAGGCUGCGAGCAAAAUCAAGCAUCGUACAAUGUCUUUCAAUUGGAUGCAUUCGUGAAUACCAGCAAAAUAGCCGACUUGAAGCAGUUCCCCAAAGUGUCGACGGCCAUUGAUGCGAUUUCCGUAUCCGGGCGAACGCUCCUCUCCCUCACGCAAUCCAUCCAGAACAUUUUGGAGAACAUGCUGCAGACGUCCUCGUUCAAUCUGACCACGUACCGCAGUAGCGUGGGUGCACCCACGCCCGAAAAGGAUUUGGCCACGUUCAUUGAUCAAAUGCAAAGAGUGGCCUUACAGAUUCAGGAUGUGGCCACGUCCUCGCGCAUGACCACGCUGGGCAGCCGGUCCAAGCGGUUGCAGGCCUCGAUUCUCCAGCCCCUGGAAAAUCUCCAGAACGAGAUACUAUACCACCUAACGGCAUUGGAACUGCAGAGGGAUCCUUGGGCCAAGCAGGUCAACCAGACACUAAAUCACCUGAAGAGCAUCCAAGGAUAUCUGGAGAACAAGGCCGGAGAAAUAUGUCAUAACUUGACAAGAACCUACACAGAUCGUUUGAAGGCCUACUUGACCAGCAGUCGUGCCACCAUGGAGUCCCAGCUGGGCGACACUACCACUAAGUGCAGACCCUUUUACGAUACCUUCGAUGCCAGUCGCACCUUCUUGUGCCGCAACAUGGUCGAUUUCAUCAACGGACUCACCUUCUUCAUCUUUCUGACCCUGUUGUUGUGGGCCAUUGGCACGCCUGUGGGCCUGAAUCUGAUUACCAUCCAGACGCGCCUCAAUGUCAUGCAGGCGGCCCAGCAACGCAGCAAGAACCGGCAGAGGAGGAGCGAUCAAAGUCCGGAACGGGAGAGUCGCGGGGCAAGCCGAGGGCGGAAGAAGCAGCGGACGAGCAGUGCAGCGGCCAGCGGACGGAGCGGCAAGCGGGAUCAAAGCCGGGAACGAAGCACGAGCAGCACGGCCAGGCAGAGGCCACCACUACGACGCACUGCCACGGAGGAAACCUUGGAUUUGGAGGAGGAUUCUACUCCCUCAAGAAAUCAGCAGCAACAGCAGCAGCAGCAACAUCAACAGCAGCGGCGACAGCAGGAGACAGAGCGGGAGCGGGUGCGCGAACGGGAUCAGCGAAGUCGGGAACGAGAGUUGAGUCGCGGCCGUGACGUAUCCGCCAUAAACACGACCGUGCGCAGUCGCAGCCGCCAGCAGCUGCGCCACGAUCCCGAGGAUGACAAUUGGGGCUCAUCCAGUGGACCCAGUAGGGCCAACUCCCGGGAAAGGGAGCGCGAGACCAGUCAGACUAGAAAGAUACUCAAUAUUUGGCAGUCACGAAAUAAGAUCAAGACGCCACUUCACCGUCAGGGGACUGAAGAAUACGAUCUUGACGAUGCCCCUCAGGACAGUGGGUGGCGCUCCCAGAAUCAGAACCAAUCUCAGAACUUUAUCCCGAACCAGAAUCGUAUAAACUCCAGUGCCAGUCCGGAAACUCGAACCGAUCCGCGUACCCAGCGCUCCAAUCUCCGUACUAAACACAAGUUACGUAGUACCAACGCGGAUAGAGCUAGCAGUGAAACGGUCCGACGCCCCGUAACCCCCGUGCUGAGCGUCAAUCCGGACAUUCCGGCCGCCGUUCCGAUGCCCCGCACACCGAUGCGACUGAAGAGCCGGGUGUCGCUCACCGCCCGAGCUGUGCAGGACAUUGUCAACAAGCGGAAUCAGCGCCUGCAACGCACCGGUACCGAUGAGUUCGAUCUGGAAGAGAGCGAUACCUAUGGCGCCGGAGCCCAUUUGGAUGCGGAUGUUGCGGCCGCUCGGCGAACUCCGCCCCGCGGUGCUCCGCCUCCACCGCCGCCACCGACAGCCGGCUUGAACAGUGGCGAUCGCACGGUGCGCUGGAACGAGGACGACAACGAGGACUUUGUCUUCGAGGAGGCCGACGCCCCCAAGGACCCCAUGUACUUGAGCCACAAUCUCCACUGAUCUUGAGAUCCCAUCGAAUAUCAACCACCAUCUCGAUUAUUGCAAUAUGUUUUUGUAGCUCACCUUUUACUAAUCCGUAGUUCGUAAGUGAAAUGUAGCCAUAGAGACGAAUCAAUAUGUUUUUAGGCAUUUAACAGGCGUAAAUAAAACUGCAUAAUCUGUAGCCAAUUAAUUGGACGCAAAUAAUCGUAAAUAAAAAAUAAAAAUUAGUUAA